AUGGCGUUAGUAUCUGCUGCUCCAUAUUUAGCACUACUUGGAGAACCAGACACUAGUCUCAAAUCAUACGCAUUAACAUCCUUGAAUGACGUUGUUGAUCAAUUAUGGGCAGAAAUUGCAAAUAAUAUAACUGAAUUGGAAGAUUUAUAUGAAGACAAACAAUUUAAAGAAAGAUCUUUGGCAGCAUUAAUAAUAUCUAAAGUCUAUUAUAAUUUGGGAGAUUUUGACACAUCUGUGAAAUAUUCAUUGAGAGCUGGGAAUGAAUUCAAUAUUGAAGAAAAAAGUCAAUAUAUCGAAACUAUUGUAAGUCAAUGUAUUAAGUUGUAUAAUUCAUUGUCACGAAAAAAAUAUAAUGAUGACUCUGUGACUAUAGAUCCAAGAUUACAAUCCAUCUAUGAAAAAAUGUUGAGCAAAUGUUUAAAACUGGGGGAAAUUAAGUUAACAUUAGGAAUAGCCUUGGAAUCAUACAGGCUAGAUUUAAUAGAUAAAAUAUUGAAAGAACAAAUUCAAGAAAAUGAAGAAAAUGGAUUGAACUUGAUCAAUUAUGUUUUGAUUUGUACCAAUUCAACCAUAAGUGAUCAAAAUUUUAGAAAUGAAGUUUUGAAUGAAUUAAUAUCAUUAUUAUUGUCAUUGAAAAAGCAUCAAGAUUUUUUCACGAUUAUAAAAAUCAUUGUACAAUUAAGUGAUUCUACUUUAGCAUCAAAAGUUUUCCAAGAAUUAAUCAAACAAGAAGAACAAUUGAUUGCAUACCAAGCGGCCUUUGAUUUGGUAAAUACUGCGUCACAAGAUUUAUUAGAUGAUGUAAUAAAUUCAUUAACAGCUGAUUCAGAGAAUUUAAUCACCAAAAAAGUUUUAAAUAUCUUAUCAGGUGUACCAACUUGUGAUUUCGAUAAUACUUUCCUUUUUAAAAACAACAAUACGGAUAUAACGAUAUUAAAUAAAACCAAAAAUCUUUUGGAUGGUAGAAGCUCAGUUUUUCAUUCAGCAGUUACUUUUGCAAAUGCUUAUAUGCAUGCAGGUACAACAGAUGAUUCAUUUUUCAGAAAAAACUUGGAAUGGUUAGGUAAGGCAACUAAUUGGUCAAAAUUUUCAGCCACUGCUGCAUUAGGUGUGAUUCACAAGGGUAAUUUAUCUCAAGGUCGUACUAUUUUGAAACCAUAUUUGCCAGGAUCAACUAGUGCUGCUCAUACAAAAGGAGGUUCAUUAUUUGCAUUGGGAUUAAUCUUUGCUGGUCAUGGAAGAGAAGUUAUUGGAUAUUUGAAAAACUUUAUAGAUGAAAAUGGAAAUGCUACAGGAUCUAAUGACAUUGAUGUACAAUUACACGGGGCUUCUUUAGGUGCUGGUGUUGCUGGUAUGGGUUUAAAAUCCGAAGAAUUAUAUGAAUCUUUAAAAGUUGUACUAUAUUCAGAUUCUGCUAUAUCUUCACAAGCUGCUGCUUAUGGUAUGGGUUUAAUCAAAUUAGGAUCCGGUGAUGAUAUUGCAACAAAUGAUAUGUUGACUUAUGCUUUGGAAACUCAGCAUGAAAAUAUAAUUAGAGGUUUAGCUAUAGGAUUGGCAUUGAUACAUUAUGGACGUGAAGAUAAAGCUGAUUAUAUUAUUAAUGACUUGAUGAAACAAGAAUCCUCAAUUUUGAGAUAUGGUGGUGCAUUCAAUAUUGGGUUAGCAUAUGCUGGUACCGGUAAUAGUGGAGCUAUAAAGAAAUUAUUGCAUUACGCCGUAUCUGAUCCAAGUGAUGACGUAAGAAGAGCUUCGGUAUUAAGUUUAGGUUUUGUUUUAAUUCGUGACUAUACUGCUGCUCCUCAGUUGGUUAAAUUAUUAUCACAGUCUCAUAAUCCACAUGUUAGGUAUGGUACUGCAUUAGCAUUAGGUAUAUCAUGUGCUGGAAGAGCUUAUGCUCCAGCCAUUGAAGUAUUGGAGCCACUUACCAAAGAUCCAGUUGAUUUUGUUAGACAAGGUGCAUUAAUGGCUACUGCCAUGAUUUUAAUACAACAAAAUGAUUUUAUUUUCCCAAAAGUCAAAGAAUUUACAAAACAAUAUGCUGAUACUAUUAAAAAUAAACAUGAAGAUGCAUUGGCUAAAUUCGGAGCUACUUUAUCGCAAGGUAUAAUUGAUGCAGGGGGUAGAAAUGUAACAAUAAACUUGGAAAAUUCUCAAACUAAUACAUUAAAUAUCAAUGCUAUUGUUGGGUUAGCAAUAUUUGCUCAGUCAUGGUAUUGGUAUCCAUUAGCUCAUUUCUUAUCUUUAUCAUUUGCUCCAACUUCAAUAAUUGGAGUAAGAGGUGAAGAUUUAAAAAUUCCAAAGUUUGAAAUCAAUUGUCAUUCAAACCCAGAAUAUUGGAAAUAUCCUGAAAAAAUUGAAGAAGCUAAAGAAGAAAAACCGGAUAAAUUGACGACUGCAGUUUUAUCAACAACUGCAAAAGCUAAAACAAGAGCUAAGAAGAAACAAUCAAAUAAGAAAGUCGAAGAAUCAAAUAAAAUGGAUAUUGACUCAAAGAAGGAAGAACCAAAAAAACCAGCAGCAACUGAAGAGAGCAAAAAAGAAGAGUCUAAUAAAGAUGCAUCGAACAAAACUAGUCAACAAUCUCAACAACCUCAACCACCACGUUACACUAAACAACCGUACAAAAUAGAGAAUUUAUCAAGGGUUUUACCAGCUCAAGUCAAUUACAUAUCCUUUAAAGAUGAAAGAUUCGUACCCGUCAGGAAAUAUAAAGGCAGUGGUAUAAUUGUGUUGAAUGAUACUAAUCCUGAAAGUCCUGUGGAGUUUAUUAAAACUGUUAGACAAUUGAAUAUCACUGAAGCUCCAUUACCUGAACCUUUCACAUUAUCUAAAGAAGACCUAGAAGAAGAAGAAGAUGAUUAA